AUGCACCAUCGUAGUCAAGACACCACUGAAGACGAGAACGAAGUUAUCACGGCGUGUAGGCAGGUUGAGGCCGAGCUAUUCGUGCCAUGGCAUUUCCGCCCGGCCAUUAUUUCCAUGACAGCAGAAGAACUUGGGCCGAUAGUUUUGUACGAGUUUGCCUCCGGACUCGAAGAGAUAUUCGGCGUCUAUCUCGCCAGUUUCUGGAUCCAGUUUGUGUACAUGCACCGCGUGAGUUGGUGGAAUCUGCCGCACCCCGAACUUACCCGUCGCACGCUAGCAGAAGUCUAG